AUGGCAGACGAGAGAACAGGGGCCGAGAUCGUGUGUGGGGAUGAAGAUUGUGGUCGAUAUUCCAUUGAUCUCCUUAAAGAGCUCGGUUUCCCAAAAGGCAUUCUCCCACUCAAAGAUUUGGUGGAGUGUGGGAGAGUUCGUCAGACUGGUUUUGUUUGGCUGAAGCAAAAGGCUCCAUGUGAACAUUUUUUUAAAGAGGCUAAUGCAAGUGUCAGCUAUGCAACUGAGAUAACUGCGUAUAUUGAAAAAUGUAAGAUGACGAAAGUGACUGGGAUUAAAAGCAAAAAAAUGAUGAUGUGGGUGCCUGUUGUUGAGAUGAGUAUGGAAGAUGAAAAAAGCUCCAAGAUUUACUUCAAGACCUCGAUUGGAGUAGGAAAGUCAUAUCCAGUUACUGCGUUUGUGACGGAUGAAGAAAAGAAGUACCUUGAGCCCUCAAAGUGA